AUGAUCUUGUAUUUUGUCACGAGAAAGCUCGACCCCCACCUACAUGGGAUUCCUUGGACAACUGGUCUCCCAGCGCACGCCACGGGCAGCUAUCGAAUCGCCUUCCAAGGAUUUACGCAUUCUCAAGAGCGCUCCAGACGGACUGCAGGACCACAACACGCCGCCGCCAAGUUUGCCGGACUGGUUCAGGAGGCGGCGUUCGGACGGCAAGAACCGAGAGCGUCCCUGGAGGAAGAAACUCAACGCGUGCGUGAGGAAGCCACAAUGCUGGAGGCGAUCACUUUGGACGAUUACGAAUUUCCGACAACCCGAGACGUUGCAGCUUACCGAGAAGGCCUACUUAACCGCGACAACGAACCCGACUGCAUUGUUUUCAUCGGCAUCGCGAAGUGGUUCGACAGGGUCGUGGCCCAGCGCGUGUUUAGGCACCGACAAGAGGGUGGCAGUGUUGGACAGCUGGUGGCAAUCGACCUGGUCAUGUUCUUGCUCACCGAGGGUUACGUCCUCGAGCACUGUUCGCUCGAAAUCUACGCCAGUCGAUUUCCCAGUUUUUCAGAACUGUGUUCAAGCGACCUCUUGACGCAGGCGCAGCAGUUCGGUCGUGUCUUUGACAAGUUUGUUGUGAGGUACGCGAGUUUGCGUGACGGGGAUUCGGCGACUGAUCUCGUGGCUGCGUUGGACCGUGCGGGUGUAUCUGUGGGACCCAUGGGCGCCGAAGAGUGGAGCUAUCUUUCGAGACUGGAGCGCGACUGGACGAUUCCGUAAAUUGAAAUAUAUAUUUUUUUAACGAUUUUUGUACACUACAUCGUUUUGUUUGCCGAGUUGAAAGAUUAAUGGUACCGAGCUCCCGGAAAAGCGGUGUAACAAGAAACCGGCUCGGCUGCCCCGGUUAUCCUUUCCCGCGUCCUUCUCAAGGGUAAACGCUGAUCCGAAAGACGUUUAUAAUUCAACAGAGCUGCACGGUUUCCUUAUUCAAUUUCUUAUAAACAAAGAGGAGCGACCUGCCCGGUUUUAGAGAGAAGUCGCGUUUGAUUACCGUUUUCACGUACGUGCAAUGAACUAGUCUAUGUGCUUCCUGGAGUCGCUUACGUGGGGCUUUUUGGCAAUGGCCUAGGCCCCGGAGGCAAUAUUUGUUUUUGGCGGCGUCAUAUGAAACUCGGCUCUUACAAUGCAGGACCAA